CUGUCUGUCCGUCCUGGCCGGGGCCUGCGCCCGGCCUGGCGGUGUCCCCGUGCCCCUCUACCCCUCAGGGGCUUCUCCUCCGCCAGCUGCCGUUGCGUGGGUUCGUGUAUGUGCGACCGCAUCUCCAGCCCUAUGAGGUAAUCCCAGAAGAUCUUUCUUUGCCAAACCCAGGGGCUGAUGCAUCCUCUUCCCUGCUCCAGUGCCAGACUCCUGCAUUCCAGGAUCCUUUUCCCACUGAUGGGAAUGAGGGUUUCUCCUCCCCAUACUCUCUUGGCCUCGCUUGCUGCAGGUGUUUAUCUCCAGUGGAGAGAGCCAGUAACAGGAGAGGUGUCCUGCUGGCAGUCAGUGGCUGAGCAGCGUGCUGCCCACUAUGGCUGGUUGGUUUAGGCGGCUCCUGCACAAACCCAAGCCCAGCUCAGUGGAAAGCCUCAAGUCCAGCCACUCUGCUUCAUCCUCGCCUUCCUCCUCCUCAUCAUCCUCUGCCAAGAGCUCCAGCUCUUCUCCUGGCACGAGCCUGGCCACCAGCUCCAUCUCCCUGUCGCCUGUGUCAGUAGUGGACAUCAGCGCCUCGGACAGUCCCCGGUGGGACAAGAGCUACGACGUCUGCAUCUGCCACAGCGAGGGGGACGUGGAGCUGGUGUUGGAGCUGGUGUCCUACCUGGAGGGCCAACCCGAGAGCUUCCGUUGCUUCCUCCAGCUGCGGGAUGCGGUGGUGGGAAGCGCGGUGGUGACAGAGCUGUGUGACGCCGUGCAGAACAGCCACUGCUGGGUCAUGCUCAUAACCCCCGGCUUCCUGCAGGACCCCUGGUGCAGGUACCAGAUGCACCAGGCCUUGGCUGAGGCUCCCAUGGCCAACGGACGCACCAUCCCCGUGCUGAAGGACGUGGAUCGCAAGGAUUAUCCCAGGGAGCUGCGGAACAUCUACUACAUCUACAUGGCGCUGAAGGAGAAGAGCUUCAGGCAGAUCAGAGACACUGUCAUGCACUACCUCCAGGAACUGUGCCGGAACUCCACAAAAAGCAUGGAGUAGUGCUGGGAGCAGGCAGAUGCAUCCCCCUGGGCAUCAUGGAGCUGUCGCCGUUGGAUCUGGGUGUUGGCAUGUCCCAUUGGACCUUGAGGUCAAACCUGAGCUGCUCAGACCACACCUGGGACCAAGGAUAGGGAGUUCUCCACAUCCAUGAUGGACAGCAGACCAGAGCCCAGCACGUCCCGGUGGCCAAAAUCUCCUCAGCAGGGACAGGGCAUCUGUCACACAAACACUAAGCUCUGGUAUCGGGUGGUUCUCAGGGUCAUGAGAGCUCUUUACUGUGCUGGGCAUUCUCUGUCCUGAGGGCUACGGGACCCCUACUAAGCUGACAAGGUGCCUGCUGGGCUGCGGGCAGGACAAGAUGAGGCAGGCAGUGACGUUGCACGGAAUCGUUGCGACUACGAAAAUGCAGAAGUUUUAAAUGUUGA